AUGUCACCUUUGAGAAAAGACGAUCCAAUCGUCAUUGUUGGCGCAGGAAUCUUCGGUCUGAGCACCGCCCUACACCUUGGCAGGCGUGGCUACGACCAGGUAACGGUUCUCGAUAAGCAAGAUUAUGAUCAAGGGCUCUACUCGUAUGCAAAGGGUUGUGACGCUGCAUCAGCAGCUUAUGGAACUCAGACUGAGUACCAAGAACUCUCGAUUGAGGCCAUCCAGUUGUGGAACCAAUGGAAUCUUGAUUUGGCCAACGGGGAGGUGCCGCCUGGCAUGAGCCCAUCCGACAAAGUCUUUUUCAAUAACGGAGCUAUUUCCUUCAACGAGGGAGACGUCCUACCCCCGUUUGAACAGGCUACGAUCGAAGGUGCAAAGAAGCUGGGGCUUGCAACACCGCUCAUCACCAAUAACCCCCACGAUAUCGAGGCCGCGAGGCAAUUGGGCUUCGACACUGACCAAUUCAGGUCCAAGGCUCGUGGGAAAGCCAUGGUAGGCAUUCUUGAUACGAGUGGCGGCCAUGUUGCAGCCGACAAGGCUUGUCGUCUUGCUCUCCACAAGGCAAGGCGCCUUGGAGUCAAGUUCAUCUUUGGUGCUCAAUCGGGGACCUUCGAAUCUCUCAUCCGGAAGGGUGGCAGAGUUAUCGGUGUUCGAACCAAGGACAAUCAAGUUCAUGAUGCAAAGCUUACCAUCAUGGCUUGUGGAGCCUAUACGCCGGUCCUUGUCCCCGAGCUUGAUGGGCUGUGCGAAGCCACAGCAGGUUCCGUGGCCGUUUUCAAGAUUCCAAAGACAUCUCCACUGUUUGAGCGACUCUCAUCAAGCAACUUCCCUAUCUGGAUGUACAAGAUGAGAGAUGGUGCCAAAGGGGGCCUUUACGGCUUCGCCCUUGACUCCGAGGGCCACUUCAAGAUCGGAUACCGUGGCACCAAGUACACCAACCCCCAGAUCCAGCCAGAUGGAAAGGAGCGCAGCGUCCCCGUAACGAGAUGGACUGACGGGCAAAAGCUCACUCAGAUUCCGAAACAAGCCAUGGAUACCAUCGCCUCCUUUGUCUCGGAGCAUAUCCCAGAAGUCUUCGAGGAAGUUGGCGAUGUUGCUUUCACAAGAGCAUGUUGGUAUACUGAUACCUUUGAUAACCACUUCGUCAUUGACCGUGUACCGGAUCAGCCAGGCCUCAUGGUUGUCACAGGAGGUAGCGGCCAUGCCUUCAAGUUUCUACCGAAUAUCGGGGACUGGGUGGUGGACAUUAUAGAGGAGGUGAAAACUCAUCGUCCAGCUAUCAAGGCAUGGAGGUGGAGGAGCCAAGGAGAUAGAGAGCCGAUCAAUGUUCUUAUGGAAGGGAGGAAGGGGCCGAGGGCUUUGCAAAACGUGGUCCUGACAGGUUCCAUUCAUGGGCCAACCUCAAAGAGGCCCUCGAUGCUAUAG